UGAAGGAAAUAUUUAUAUGUGCAUUUCAAUAGCGAUAGUGUUUUGAAGCGCGCAGUGUGAAAGUAAUUACGUUUUGUGAGUAUUUUAAUCAGUAAGGAAAUUCAAGAAGAAGCACUAUGCCACGUGGAACCACUCUGACGGAAAAUGAGCGUGGGAUCGUAAUUGGUCUUCAUGAAUCUGGUAUGAAAAUUGGGGAAAUUGCUGCAAGAGUUAAUCGCCAUCGGAAUACGAUUAGAAACUUUCUGGACGACUCUGAAAAUUAUGCCAAAAUCAAGCGAAGUGGAAGAAAACCCAUGGUUUGUGAUAGGACCAAACGGGAAAUCGGUCGCCUAGCUGUGUUCAAAAACAUGAGUGCUGGACAAAUUAAAGCAGAACUGGAUCUGCAAGUGACUAGGCGUCGUAUUCAACAAAUUUUACAUGAAAGCAGUAACAUUCGAUAUGAAAACCGCAGUGCCAAACCCAGACUCUUCCCUCACCAUAGGAAGGCACGUCUCCAGUUCGCUGAAAAAUAUUAA